AUGGGUUCAGACGUAUUUGCCGACUCCGGCCCCAGGCAUAUGAUGGCGAGAAUUGUUGGUGCUGGUUCUUCUCCGGUGACCAUGAUAAGGAUUAACUGGGACAGCGACGAGCACCGCCGCUGCAUCGCCGCCUGCAUCGUUAACGGGACCUACAUCAUGGACGGCGACGAAUCCAGUCUCCACUCGUCGGGCAAGGCGCUCGCGCCGGCGUGGUGGGAGAGCUUCGGCUUCCGCCGGCUCCGAACGCUCGAGUACGAGUGCGAGUGCGUGUUCUGCAAGACCAAGACCAAGCUCUUCACCCUGGGAGCCCACCGGCCGUGCUCCAUCUACGGAGUCGUCCUGGAGCACGCGCCCCCGGCCGGCGCGCGCCCCCACCCGUCGGCCCCACGCUACGUCGUCGCCUUCCGGGGCACCAUGCCCCGGCACCCCUCCUACCUCGGCGACAUGCACCUCAACCUCAGGAUCCUUGUCAACAGGCAGCACGCCUGCGGACGCUUCCGCCAUGCCCGCGACCAGGUCGGCAGGCUCCUCGACUCCAUCUCCUCCAACGGCGGCGGCACCGCUGCCGUCUGGCUCGCGGGCCACUCGCUCGGCGCGUCGAUAGCGCUGGACGUGGGGCGAGACAUGGUGGCCAGGAAGGGUUGGAAUAACCUGCCGGCGUUCCUCUUCAACCCGCCGCAGGUGUCGCUGGCGCCCAGCAUGCUGCCCCAGGCCCUGAGGAGGGUGGCCAAGAGGGUCAUAUACCCCGCGAGCUACGCGGUGAAGGCGGCGCUGGGGGCGACGGUCCUCAAGCCCCACGAGAGGGACAUGGAGGCACUGUUCGAGGCGCUGGCGCCAUGGGCGCCGGAGCUGUACGUGCACGAGAGAGACAUCGUCUGCCAGGGGUUCAUCGACUACUUCGAGCAGCGGCACAAGAUGCUGACCCGGCUCCGACCCGUCGCCGAGGUCGCCAUGAAGCUGUCUCUCCGAGACAUGCUCAUAUGCAUCCACAGCACCGACCCGGAGAACGGCGAGGACCAGCGAGUGCGGCCUCACCUCUUGCCGUCGGCGAGGCUGUGGAAGAACUCAAGCUACCAUGAUCCACACGGGCUUGAGCAGUGGUGGAGGCCUGACAGCGAGCUGAGGUUGAGCUCCAGGCGAUACAGCGAUCAUGGAGCUGAGGCUGAGGUUUUCUAUGGUUAA